AUGUGGCAGAAAACGAUUAUGUACAUCAACAUUUCGCAAGAACAGACGACUUGCGAUGGAAAAGCGGUAAUAAGAUAUAAUAAUAUCUGCAGAAAACUGAAUGAAGGUAAUGAUGUAAGUAUACGUUUAUUUAUUGAAUUUUAUAGUAAUCGUCCACGGGAAUAUGAACUCAUUCGUGAACCAUUUGAGGAUGAAGAAAAUGAAAAUAUUGAUAGGCGCGUAGAAAAUUCUAUGGGCCUAGUUAACAAUAGAAGCCCAUUACCUAGAGAAUUAGGUAACAUGGAGCUUGACAUAGAGUCAGAAAAUGAAGGAACAAAUAAUGAAAAGAGCCAGUCUGAGUUAUUGGAGGGUAGGAGAUUAUUUAAUGUUCAGCAUUUAUUUAAUCAGAUUUUAAAUGGAGAAAGGCAUGGGCCAUUUGACUGCUCUUUGGUUGAUAUGAGAAUUAUCAACGAAAACAGAAGCGGCUUGUAUAGUGAAUAUACUUUACAAUGUCAAAUGUGUCUAGUUACAAAGAUUAUCACCAGUGAAGAAAAAUCACAUUCUAAACUGGACGUUAACUCCUCUAUGGUUUUGGGUACCUUAUCUGCUGGGCUUGGCUAUUCGCAGAUUAAUGAAAUAGCAGCUUCCCUGAAUAUGCCAAUGAUGGCUUCAAACACUUUCAAUAAUCAUCACGAAAAAGUGGCAGAAAUAAUCAGAGAAUCUGCUUGGAAAAGCAUGGAAGAAGCAGCAGCUGAAGGAGCCAAAAUAGCGAUAGCGGAGGGUGAAGUAGAUGCCAAUGGAAUCCCAUAAAUUUUGCAAAGAAAAUACGAGAAGUUUGCAGUAAGUAUAAUCUCGAUUAUGGAAGAAGACCCUGAAGUAUUCGUGAGUUUUUUAUUUUAUUUUAUUUGUUUGGGUAAAAACCGCAGUAAUUCUAAAAAUUUACCUGUCCCGUUGGCACUUGGAAAGGAGAUUUUCAGUAGGUUUAUGAGAUUGAGAACUGCAAUAACGAAGGCUACUACGUAUAGAAUAGCUGAACAGACAACAAUGGACAAAAAAAUAGCAUUACUGAGGGGUGAUAUCUACAAUGCACCAAGUCACAUAUUUGGUGAGCACGCCAGAUGCAAGGAAAUACAGUAUUUCAAAUGCGAAAAAGAAAAUGAACACAAUCUCGUUCCAAGUAUGCAAGACUGUGGAAUUUACGAAGAUAUUAUAGUAGCUUUGCAAAGAGUUGUUGAUAACACCAGCAGCUUAAUCUUGAAUAUGGACAACAAUCUUGCGGAGCAUUAUAAUAGUGUUGUAUGCAAAUUUGUUGGUGGCAUACGCAUACUUUUUUCGAAGAGAGGCUCCUACCAAACGCGUUGUGAGGCUGCUGCGUUAUCUUUUAAUUCUGGUGGAAAUUAUUACAGAUUUCUUCACGAAACUGUUGGCUCAAGUCCUCAACGUUAUACGAAAAAAUAUGUAGAGAAAUGCAAGAAAAAUAGGCUAAUCAUUAAAAAAAGGAUAUUUUCCAAAAAAAGAACAAAAAUUAUCAAACAGUCUCUCGCGGAUAAGGAUUAUGGUUCUAAUGCUCACUAUAUACCUUUGGAUUUAACUAGUGAUAUUUACAUAGAAAAGGAAAAAGCAUUUUUGCAGGAGCUAAGAAAAGAUCCGGAGGAAAUAAGUGACAUUCAAAAAUCCACUAUAGGUCAGGCCUUCAACCCAAAAUGGUUACAAGAAAGGUCACUUAGAAUCACAGCCUCAAAUUUCGGUAAAAUUUGUAAGAUGCGACCAAAAACUUCACCGAGGAACACCAUAAAAACUUUAUUAUAUGGAACUUUCACGGGAAAUAAAGCUACAAAGUAUGGCAACGAAAGUGAGGCACGAGCCAUUUUAGAAUUUGAAAAAAAAAACAAUUUACAAGUUGUACCUUGUGGGCUGUUUAUAGGGGAAAAGGAAUACUAUUUAGCUGCAAGCCCGGAUGGUUUUGUUAUAGAAAAUAAUUUCCUAAUAGAAGUCAAAUGUCCCUUCACCAUCGCCAAAAUGGAUCCAACAGAGGGAAUUCAAACAGGAAAAAUUACUUUUGCCACUAUAGAAGAUGGAGCAUUGAAAUUGAAAAGAAACCAUAACUACUACUAUCAAGUACAAGGUCAGUUAGCUAUAGCUAACAAACAGUCAUGUUACUUUAUUAUCUGGAGUCCUUUCGGCAUUUUAAUUGAACAGAUAAAUCGAGACGAAGUAUUUUGGAAAGAAAAAAUGUUACCUAAAUUAAGAGCAUUUUAUGACUAUUUUCUGUUGCCAGAAUUAGUAGACCCACUUUUUCCAAAAGGGCUACCUAUUAGGGAUCAACUUUGUAACACUAAAUGCUCCAAUAUUCCAGACAGCUAG